AUGACUAUCGCUGAUGAUGUCGGGACGUAUUACAUACCCCACCACCCGGCCUUCAAUUCGGCGAGCAAAAUACGAGUGGCAUUUGACGCCUUCGCCAAGGCCAGCUCACACUUCUCGCUAGACCAAUGCUUUCACACCGGGCUGAAGUUGCAGCUGGAUAUUCUGGACAUUUUAACUAGAUUCCAUCUUCAUAAAUUUGUGUUCACCGCCAGCAUUUGCAAAAUGUACCGGAAAAUCCUCAUGCGCUCGGAAUACCGGUACUUCCAACAUAUAUUUUGGCGAUCGUCACCGUUGGAUGAAUUAAAGGAAUAUCAACUUAACACCGUAACUUACGGAGUUAAUUGCGCCCCAUUCUUGGCACGAUGCGUAUUGAAAGAUAUCGCUGAGAACGAGUGCAAUGACUUCCCAGAAGUCCUGGACGGACUGAGAUAUCAGACCUACGUGGAUGACAUUUGUUUGGGGGCAGACACCGAGGAACUAGGUACUAUCGAGUGUGCAGUCAGAUUUAAUAGCUAUCCUGGGCCGCUCUGCACUUGA